AUGGCGACGGAGGAGCGUGUCGUCAUCGUGCCAGGGAAGUUCCACAAGGUGAUUUGGCUCGGCGUGAAGGAUAUCAUUGUCGUGACCGACCGCACAACGGUUGCAUUCAAGCCGUCUCCCGAUCAGCUCAAGAUUUUCUUCCGCAGCCACCCCGAGUGGCGGCAGCGACUCACAGCGGCACAGGAGAAGGUGGAGGCGUGCAGACGGGCGGUGGAGCGGCAACCUCAGUACGCCAAGCCGACGCACACGACUACUUCUCUGCUGCCAAAGGCCGGCGAUGAGCCGUUAACGCGGCGCGGUGUGGGCGAAGCUGAUGACGACGAGGAAGAGGUGGUGUCGAUGCCGUUGAACCCGAAUCGAAACAACAUUAAGCACAGAGUGCAAUAUUUCUACGGUGAAGAUGCUGAUACUGAUAAUGACGAGGAGGAAGAAGAAGAGGAGGAUGAGUGA